CAGAGGGGGCACAUUAUCCAACAGUCUCAGACUUUAACUUUCGACUUAAUUUUAACCCUGAGGAAACAUCAGCCUCCAGCAGUGUGUGUGUGUGUGUGUGUGUGAGAGAGAGAGAGAGAGAGAGAGAGAGAGAGAGAGAGUGCGAGGAUUAGGAGUAGGAGUGAUGUCCUGAGAUUACUCAGCAUCUAAAAUAAGCCCAGCACUGAGGAAGUCUGUUUAUCCGAGACUGAAGAACAGAGACUGGACUAUUACCUGUGAGCACAAUGACUGCGCUGUAUCACACAUUCCUGCUCUUUACAGUCAGCAUGGCUUCCCUGCAGCCACAGAGGUCUCCAAGGAGUAAAAGGGGUCUGCUGGAACUAGCUGGGGUUAUCAAGUGCAGCACGGGACGAUUAGCUUUAUCCUAUGUGAUGUACGGAUGUUACUGCGGUAUUGGGGGUCAAGGGUGGCCCAGAGACAGAGCGGACUGGUGUUGUCACAAGCAUGACUGCUGUUAUGGGGAUGCAGAACUUGCGGGCUGUCAAACAAAAACGGACCGGUAUCAGUGGACGUGCGAUGACAAGCAGGCCGACUGUGACGUGCUUAAUGACAGAUGUGCGCAAAUCCUCUGCCGAUGCGACAGGGAAGCGGCCAGAUGCCUCAGAAGGGCUCCGUUCAACCAAAAGUACGCUCUGUGGCCGGAUUUCCUCUGUGGAUGUGUUCAUCCUACCUGCAACAUUUACUAAUGUCAGGACCUAAUGCUUGGAGAGCUUGUUUGAUGAAUAUUAGUUUGAAUUUAUAUUGUUAAAAGAAUUUCCAUUUUCUACAUAUGUAUUUUAUAUUUGCAUAGUUGACUUUCAAAAGUGAAUUGAAUAAAGUAUGUGCAAAAUAUUCAUAAUUUUGCUCAUCCUUUAUAAAGUACAUAGCCAAAUUACAGUCAUGACAUCAGAGUGUUUUCUGAAUGGCACUUCACCAUUUUUGCCUGUAGGGGGCGGCCGGGGCUAGUUGUCACACUAGUUGCCUAUAGUAUUUCUCAGGAUAGGUUUAGUUUAGACAAAUGUGACACAAACAACAAGUACCAUACUGUUAGGACCUCGUCAUGCAGACCUCACAAUACGCACAACAGCUUCAAUACACAAGACAUAAACAGGUUUUGCAUUUCCUGAGAAACGGUGUCACUUUGAUCUUCCAAAAUGGACCCUUUUGGUUCACACCUUUACAGACAGAUUCAGUGUAAUUAAAUCGAAUAUUUACUUUUACAUUACAUUACACUUUUACAUGCAUUUUGCAGACUAUUUGUAUCCAAAGCGACUUUAACGAACAGAACGUCGAGGUCGACUAUAUACAGAACGCCAACUAUAUUAUAUACUCAAUGCAGAUUUAUUUUACGACUGGAUCAGGAAGAAAGCUAUGAGAAGAGUAGAAAUGCUGAGAAGAUUGUGUGUGUCUGGGCGUAGCUUGCAGGGGGCUAUAGCGAAUGAAAGAUGCUACUAGUUUUACAAAUACAGUAAAUGAUAUUUUCAACUUGAAAGUAAUUAUGCCUUUAAUGUAUACAUUUGGAAUUGUUAUUUUGGAAAUAAAUGAAUGAAUCCAAUCAAACUUACGUCUCCACAAUCUCAUUAGAUUUAUAUUAGAAGUUAUCGCAUGAUGAAUCUUCAUUUUGGUGGUAAAUAACAGCAACAGUGUGUCUAGAGGGUGAGCACAGCAAAAGAGACUCAGCGAAGCUCUUACAAGUCAUCUGAUGUAUCGCGCUUGCUGCUCUUAACGUAAACCACUUCUACAUUAUUAGGCUAAUUUGGAGUGUGAAUAUGUUGGUUUACUAUUAGAAAAGCUCAAAUGUUGACUGACAGACACUCCAUGCGAUGCCAUUGUCCCAGCAAAAACGUCCCGAGUAAGUUCAUAAAUAAAAAUCAGUCCACAGGUGUUCACAACCUAGGAAGUCGAGGAAGGCUGAGUUUUUUAAGGUUUUGUUACAAGCUGUUCACACAUUCACAACAAAAAAGCAACGAAUACAUGGGAAUUCUUACAUAUAGCACCUUAAAUGGCUUUUUAGAAAAAUCCAACAAUGGUCUAAAAUGG